UACACAAAAUGCAAUUUGUUUGCGAUUUAUCAUGUAAAGUACUUGUAUCCUUAUCUGUACAAAUGUGGUUUUAUCAAGUUUUCACCAGAUAACAAACAAAACGCCGGGUUAUAUUUUAAAAGCAGAAUUAAGAAUUGUAACUUUAGGCAAUCAUGGAGACUUUGUGCAAAGAAGUGGAUGAGAAGAUUCGUGUCAAUUUCGAAAAUGAGGAGAUACAAGACAUUGUAAAGGCUGUUGACAUAAUGGUCAGACGAUUUGUUGAAGCUCUGCAUGAUAUCACCACGGAGAUAAAGAUCGAUCGUCUGGAGUUUUGUGGUAGCAUGGCUGAAGAUACUAGAAUAUGGGUACCAGGAUCGGCGACGAAUAAAUGUGACCUGGAGUUUGAUUACUUAGUAGUCUUAAAGUCAUGGCCCGGAUGUGGCGAUUUUAGAUUCAUUCCAAGCUUUAAAGAAGGUAAAAUGAGGAUAAUAUAUGAAGUAACUGAUCCUCAAUCAGUAACUGGUAAAUACAAUAACUUAAACACUGCUAUGAAACUAUCGUUUAUAAACACCUUACUAAAAGGCGUUAGAGCUAAGUGUGAAAACAAUGUAUGCACUCGGCAGUUAAGCAAUAUUCCUGCAGUUCACGGCUGUCAGUGCUGCACAAUUUAUAUGAAAACUGGUAAUUUAAGAAGUACUGACGUACCAAUUUCAAAUGGAAAUGUCAAGAAGAAAUCGGUUCUGUCUUUCGUGUGGUCAAGUAUCGAAAGAUCAGUAUGUAAUCCGUUAAGAACUUUCAAAUUACAGAAUGAAUCACCCGAUCCAUUUGCAGUAGACAUGUUACAAAUUAAAGUUGAUUUUAAUCCUGUUAUUGAACUGAAUAAAAAAUUGCUAGCACAGAAGAACGACGGGACAGCGGUACCACUUGAAGAAAGCGAGAUAUAUUUUCUUUUCCCCUAUUUACAACGUUGUUUAGAUUGGAGAAUCUCAACGUGUCACUCAGAACUAAAACCUUUAAAAGAAACCUCAAAGGAACACAAACUGGCAUUUUGUGUUUUGAAAUUUAUUGGGAAAGCCUUCCAGGUUUACGGCAACAUAGAGUAUGUUAAAUCAUAUGAGGCAAAGUGUAUAGUUCUAAAUCAUAUUAAGAACUGUCAAGCACCAAACAGAGGAGCGCAUAUAUGCCUUCUAGAUAUGAUCAAGGAUAUAUAUGAAUGUGUGCGAUAUAGAGAUUUACCCCACCCGGUAUUACCAUCGUGCAAUGUCUACUAUACGGGUAUUCCUAGCGUUUUAGACAUUUUUGAACCACAACAAAAGACAAAGAUUUGUAAAUAUAUUUUCUCUUUGUUUGAUCAACAGGAUCAUUUUUCGUUAGUGGAUUUUUUUGUGAUAUAAAGAGUCUUGACAAACUGUAUGACAAGUUCAAGAGAACACACGACGAAAAAUUAUAUACUGACUUUUUGAAGAAGAGAAGGGAAGCCAGUGCGAAAGAGGUUUUAAAGGAAGAAGACAGAAUUGUAAUUUUUCAUUCUGAGAUAGAAAAUUUAUUACGUAUGAAAUAAACAACAAAAGAAAAAAUACAAUAGAUGGAAUUAUAAGAGCUUUUUUAAAAAUUCAAUAAUAUAUUUCACGACUAAAAUAUGAUAAAAAAGGCGUGCUUCCAGAUGGACGACCAGCUUGCAAAGUAUUAAAACCAUGAAGCAUCUCCUAUUAAUAUCAACUAUCAUAUGUUACGUUUUUAAAGAGCGAAACAGAAUCAAACAAAUUUACAUAAAUUGGAAGCAUGUCUCCUCACUACGGUGGCAUAGAGGGGACAUUGGAAAUAUUUUAUUUAUCACGUGUGUACGUGAUAUCUAUCAACUUCUAUCUAUCAAGUGCGAACGUGUUAGCUAACACGCGGGGACGUUAUUUUAUUUUUACUUCAACAAGUAUCGAAUGUUUAAUUAAAUUUAUAUUUACCGGUAUAACAUGAUAGAUAAAUAAACGUUCAUAUAGACCUUUUUACCCAAGCUACGGUAGCUAUGCAAAUUCCACUGAUGGUUUGAUUUUAACGUGCAUGCGCUCUUUACGUGUGGCCAAAAAAAAAAACAAACUCUCAACGAUAAGAAAACCUACAUUUUAUUACGAAUUGUUUUGCCACUAUAAAGUUGAUUUCAGUCAAGUGAUUUAUUAUACAGCAUGCUUUUGUCGCCGGGCUGCUCAAUGGUAGUGAUAAAAACAUGGGUCGAUAGAUUUUUAGUAUAUAUGUAUUGUCAUGGACAGAUAUACGCUCCUGUAAUACAGGAUAUAAACAGAACAAUAUAGAUACAAUGUCAAAAUAGGGGUUUAACAAUACACAUUCAUGUCAAAAGCAAUGCAUGACAAACAAUACAUAUUCAAGUUUCAAAAACAUGAUUACCUGUAGAUAUAUCUAUAUAUAACUACAUAAUUGGAUGUUUAUUGUUCAGCACAAAUCGGCUUGUUUACAUUUCAAAAUAUGGCGGAUAUCAGUCCAUCGAAUGUGAUUGGUUAAUAACUCGUGCGGGGGGAAAUUAUGUUAGAUGGUGUAAGGGAAAGAAAUUAUGGUGAAUAACUGAUACGGCUACGACUACAAAUACAACUAGUCUGCCUACGGUCUGUAUAACUGGUGUUCAGAUUUACUAUUUGAUUGUUAUGUAUUGUAAUUAUGAAUAAUAAUAUAUAUUUAUGUUUCUGUAACAGAAUUUACAUUAAAGUAUACAAAACACAUAUGUUAUAACAUUGUUAUAGAUUUACCCUAUGACACUUUGAUUAAAAACAUGUAUGUUUUUAAUCAUAUCUUACCUGAAAAGCCUGCUUUAUUAAUAUUUUCGUCCGAAAAGAACAAGAAUUUCCAGUCCAUUUCCACACAUCAUACUGAUAUAAAACU